GGGGUAGGCGGGGUGAGGAGCGGCGCGCGGCGCGAGAGUGGCGAGGCGGCCGGCAGUGCAGUGAGCGGCGCGGAGGCCCGCACCUACUCGCCCGCCAUGGCUCUGCGCUUGAUCGUCGCGUGUGCGCUCGUCGCCACCGGCGGCGCCGUCUAUAACCGCGAACGCGACCGCCAGCGUAACGACCCGCGCCUCCUCGAUCGCGCGUGCGAACUCAGUUCUUGCUACCCUGCCACUGGCAACCUCCUCAUUGGCCGCGAAGGCAGCCUCUACGCCUCGUCUACAUGCGGUACUAACAAUCCCGAACGGUACUGCAUUGUUUCACAUUUGGAGGACCCAAAAAAAUGCUUCUGGUGCGAUUCCAGCAACAACACUUAUGGGCGACCGGACCUUAACCACAGGAUAGAGAACAUUAUCUAUAGAUAUUAUCCUGGAACGCGCAAUAAGUCAUGGUGGCAAUCAGAGAAUGGUAAAGAAAAUGUUACGAUCCAGUUGAACAUGGAAGCGGAAUUUCAUCUUACGCAUGUAAUAAUAACGUUUAAAACGUUUCUCCCUAAAGCCAUGUUAGUGGAGAGGUCAUCCGAUUUCGGAAAAACAUGGAGCGUGUAUCGUUAUUUUGCAUACAACUGUGCCGAUGCUUUCCCCGGAAUUCCUGAGAGAACCCAGCGCUCUUUGACGGAAGUUGUGUGUGAAUCUCGUUAUUCUACUGUCGAACCGUCAACGGAAGGCGCCCUUAUCUUCAGAGUAAUACCGCCGAAUAUUAAUAUCACCAACCCAUAUUCUGAAGAGGUCCAAAACUUACUACGUAUGACUAAUCUUAGAAUCAACUUUACCAAAUUACACACCCUCGGAGAUGACUUAUUGGAUAAUAGGCUUGAAAUUCAGGAAAAGUAUUACUAUUCAAUUUACGAAAUGACGGUGCGUGGUUCUUGUUCUUGUUAUGGUCAUGCGUCGAGAUGUUUGCCUUUACCGGGAGUCAACGCAAGGGGCAACAUGGUGCAUGGUCGCUGUGAAUGUACACACAACACGAAUGGACUCAAUUGUGAAUAUUGUGAUGAUUUCUUCAAUGAUUUGCCAUGGCAACCAGCUGUUGGAAAACAAUCUAACCCAUGUAAAAGAUGCACUUGUAAUAAUCACGCUACAAAAUGUCAUUUUGAUGCCGCAGUUUUUAAUAAAACCGGAAAAAUUAGUGGCGGAGUUUGUGAUAAUUGCCAGCACAACACUAUGGGUAUAAAUUGUGAACGCUGCUUACCGAAAUUUUACCAAGAUCCCGAAUUGGACAAACAGGACCCUGAAGUAUGUAAGCCCUGCGACUGCGAUCCCCAUGGUGUCACAGAUGAGGAAAUUUUGUGUGAUGACGAAACAGAUGUUGCCAACAACAAGACCGCCGGCCGUUGUCUAUGCAAAGCAAACAUGGAUGGCCCGAGAUGUGAUAGAUGCAAAGAUGGCUACUGGAAUUUCGAUCUUUCUAACCCCGAUGGCUGCGAAGAGUGCACAUGUGAUAGAUUAGGAACGAUCAACGAACGAGGAUGCGACCCCAACACUGGUAUGUGUUUCUGCAAACGUCAUGUAACCGGAAGAAAUUGUGAUCAGUGCCUUCCCGAGUUUUACGGCUUAUCAGACUCCAACGACGGAUGUACGCCUUGUGAUUGUGAUCCUGGUGGUGCUCUGGACAAAGAAUGUGAUGUGAUAACUGGACAGUGCAAAUGCCGCCCGAACGUGAUUGGCCGUCGUUGUGACCAACCUUUGCAAAACUUUUUCGUUGGAGCUCUUGAUUCUAUUGUCAUUGAAGCAGAGUCCAGUCAGUGUGAUUCACAAAUAGACGAUAACGCUAUACAAAGUCAACAGUGCCAUGUCGUUAUUAGGGAGAAUUUCCCAGAUGGGAGGAAGCCUCCGUGGACUGGGCCUGGUUUCAUGAAAAUUCCGGAAGGAAGUACUUUAGUGUUUGUCGUUAAUAACUUGAAAACUAGCAUGAACUACAACAUUCUGGUAAGAUAUGAACCUCAGCCUGAUGUUAACUGGGAAGAAGCUACCGUUUUUGUUAAAAGAUUAGAGCCAAUAGACCCAGAUUCCCCUUGUGCUAAUACACGUCCCGAAGAUGAUACUAUUCAUACGGUUUUACCAGCAAACGGUCGUAGUGUAUUAAUAAAACCAGCAGUGUGUUUAGAAAAAGGUAAGACCACUGAAAUACGUAUAUAUUUAGGACGUCAGAAUGGCCAUACAUCAAAUUCUAGGGCAACUGUACUAAUUGAUUCCAUAGCUCUGGUUCCAUCGUUUGACGAUAUAUCUUUUCUUAAAAAUGGCAGUCCUCAACGUGAAGAGUUUGAUCGCUAUAAUUGCGGUGAUCCAUACUAUUAUAGUUUACACCGCGAAAAUAUUUUAGAAAUUUGUAAAAAACAUCAUAUUAGUAUAGGUUACAUAAUAAGAAAUGGGUCUGAACCAUGCCAAUGUGACCCAACAGGAUCCAAAAGUCAUCAAUGUGACCCAUAUACAGGCGAUUGUCAAUGUGUUGAAAAUAUUGUAGGAGCUCGAUGUGACCGGUGCGCUCCAGGCACGUAUGGUUUUAGUAAGUUUGGCUGCAAACGUUGCGAUUGCAACAGUAUUGGAUCUCUUGAUAACUUUUGCGAUGCUUUAAGUGGCCAAUGUAAAUGUAGAGCUAACACAUAUGGCCGUGCAUGUGAUUUAUGCCAACCUGGUUAUUUCAAUUUUCCCAAUUGCCAGCAAUGUGACUGCAAUGGACACGCAGUAGAGUGUGACGACAAAACUGGUGCGUGCUAUGAUUGUAAAGACUAUACCGAAGGUCACCGAUGUGAAAGAUGCGUAGAGGGUAUUAUGGAGAUCCACGUCUUGGAAUAGAUAUAGCUUGUCGCGCUUGCCCGUGUCCUGGAGUUAAAGGGGAUCCUUUUAAGAGUAGUCAUGCUGAUAGUUGUGGACUAGACCCGGAGACCAAAGACGUCAUCUGUGACUGCAAAGAAGGAUAUUCUGGCCCACUAUGUGACAUAUGC